AGGGGCCAGUCCCGGCCGUUCUCGCGUCUCUCCCGGCCAGCUGCGGGCGGCUCCGGCCGGUGUUUUUCCCGGCUCCCUCCAAGCGCUCCGCCAACGGCCUCUGAGAGCGCCCACCCGAGCGCCCCGGGACCCGGCAGGUGGAGGCCUCGCCGGGGACCCUCCAGCGGGCCCAGGGGGACAGAAGUGGCUCUAAAUCCAGCACAUGCACAUUGAAACAGGUUCAAGGAUUUAAUAUGAAGCACAGAAGCAGAUAGUGCCAAAUAGCAAGUAGUAGUUGGUGCACGUUUCUGGAAAAGCAGUGUCCGUGUUGUUAUGUACACCUCCAAAAAAGUUCAGAUCUGUAGGGGAAUUGUGUAAAGUAAACUGAACUACAGGGUAGCAGUAUUUUAAUAGCUAUUAUAGACGUGUAUUUACUGUAUUAAAAAUGAGUAAAAGAAAAAGCAGUGACACACCAAUAGGAAGCAAGUUGUAUUUGGGGGCAACUUUCUUUCUGCUGCAUUUCCCUGGAGCAUGGAUCCUUCUCUAAUUUAAAAGGCUGCUCAAUGCAUCUGUACUGUCUUUCCCCUUAAAGAGUGAGUGGGGCAGCAUUUCCUUCUCCCACUGCUGCUGAGAUGGCAGAAAUUAGUCGAAUUCAGUAUGAAAUGGAAUACACUGAAGGUAUUAGUCAGCGAAUGAGGGUCCCGGAAAGAUUGAAGGUCGCACCACCAAAUGCUGACCUGGAACAAGAAUUCCAAGAAGGCGUUCCAAAUGCUAGUGUGAUUAUGCAAGUUCCAGAGAGGAUUGUCGUAGCAGGAAGUAAUGAAGACAUUCCAUUUUCAAGGCCAGCAGAUCUUGACCUCAUUCAGUCAACUUCCUUUAAACCUCUGGCACUAAAAACACCACCUCGUGUACUUACACUAAGUGAAAGACCACUAGAUUUUCUGGAUUUAGAAAGACCUCUUCCAACCCCUCAAAAUGAAGACCAGGUCCGUGCAGUUGGCAGGCUAAAAAGAGAGCGCUCUAUGAGUGAAAAUGCUGUUCGCCAAAACGGACAGCUGGUCAGAGCUGACUCCAUGUGGCACAGAUCAGAUUCUGCCCCAAGAAAUAAAAUUUCAAGGUUCCAGGCACCGAUUUCUGCACCGGAGUACACUGUGACACCAUCGCCACAACAGGUUCGGGUCUGUCCUCCCCAUAUGUUACCUGAAGAUGGAGCUAAUCUUUCCUCUGCUCGUGGCAUUUUGUCGCUUAUCCAGUCUUCUACUCGUAGGGCUUACCAGCAGAUCUUGGAUGUGCUAGAUGAAAAUCGCAGUGUAAGAAGACAAAAUGAAAUACGUUGUGAAAGACCUGUGUUGCGUGGUGGGUCUGCUGCCGCCACCUCGAACCCUCAUCACGACAACGUCAGGUAUGGCGUUGCAAAUGCAGACACGACAAUUGAAGGGACUGCAGAUGACAUGACCGCUGUGGAUGCAGCUUCACUAAGACGACAGAUAAUCAAACUAAACAGACGCCUACAACUUCUAGAAGAAGAGAACAAAGAACGUGCUAAAAGAGAAAUGGUCAUGUAUUCAAUUACUGUAGCAUUUUGGCUGCUUAAUAGCUGGCUCUGGUUUCGACGCUAGAGGUAACCUCAGCUCAAAAAUACCGUCUCAGCAGCUGGAAAUGUGAAAAAUUGACAGACUGCUCUGUUUCUGUGUUUGCAAUGUAUGCCAUUUUAUAGUCCAUGCCCUGAAAAUGUGUUUCUUCCAGAAUGGAAGGGGGAAAGGCUUACAUUUGCAGAAGUAAAGAUACAUUCUGUCGCACUUAGCUGUAUUCACUUUUAACCAGUUCUGCAGUAACACCUACCUAAGCUUCUCCCUUUGCAUGUUUUGUAAAUAGGCUCUAGUUUGCUUUUUUUUAAGGAAUUAAUUUUUUGCUUCAUCAGUCUGCACAACUAAUUCUCUGAAUGGGAAAGGGGUAGAGAAUGCGGCUAGAAAAGGGUCUGUGUAAGAAAGAUAAUCCUUUCUUUUGUCCUGUUUCUCAAAUACUAUUAAACAGUUUUGUUCACGGUUAUGUUUGCAUCCAGAUUUCAACAGUAAUACUUCUGAAGCCCUGGUCUGCUGUCAGAUUUAAUAAAAUCAAGCCACCUCGAUGUUUCAUGAUCACCUUUAUUGAAAUAAUUCCUAACAUUUUCAGCAGUUUCCCUAGUAUGCGUGUAAAAUGUGCAUUCUUAUUUUUAUUUUAGUUUUGCAGAUGGUUUUCUAUAAAGUACAUUUUUACUCAGUUCAUGUGUGAAUGAUUUAAAAAAAAACUACAGAAUAAGGUACAAUUAUGGUGUAUUUAAUAAACUGUCAACCAAAGCAA